GGUUGGGGAAGCAAUUACAUGAUCAAGAUCGUGAAGCUUGAACUUAUAGUGUAUGUGCCCGUUCUUUCAACUGUAGUUUAGUUAAAUACUUUGGUAAAUAACUGAUCAGAUGUCUCAUGUACUGAUAUGUUUUGUAUUUCUGACGAAUAAGUCAUAGAAAAAUGGAAGUGAUGGACAUUUUAAUAUUGGUAGUCCUGAAUGUUAUUUUGUCAUUAAGAAUGGCGGCUAUUGGGUUAGGAGGUUGGGCUGCGGUGCCCACGAACGAUGUUGAUUCUCGAAUACCAUGCAGAUAUGGUCAAAAGUGCUAUCAAAAAAAUCCUUUACAUCACCAAAAGUAUAAGCACCCACCAAAGAGAAAAUUGGAGACCAAAGAUGGGAUUGUUAAGAAGAAGAAGAAGGAAGUGGCUGCAGCUGACGUACCCAUAUGCACGGUACCGGUACAGGUUGAGGAUGAGUGUAAAGCCCUGAGUGUUUCUAAAGAAGAAGAAGAUCUUCCUCCCACACCUGAAAAUGAGAAGGAAGCUAUCAAGCAGAAAUUUCUUGUUGAGAUGCCAGAAGAUUUUUAUUCCUUUUGGUCGUUUUGCCAGUCCCUAUCACCAGAUAAACCUGAAGAGGCUCUGAAGCAUGUUGGCCUUUUGCUUGUAGGCCCAUUUGAUGUAUUGUCAGGAAAUCUGAAGAAAGCAAAGAAUCGUAAACUGGCCAUAUAUUUAGUACACUGGAGGUAUUAUUAUGACCCUCCAGAAUUUCAGACUGUUAUCAAGGGUGAUGAUACUAAGCAGUAUCACGUGGGAUAUUUCCGGGAUGACCCCCAGGAGCUGCCUUGUUUUGUGGCCAGCAACGCUGCUGCAGUUGGCUGCACGCUGACUCUGAUGGCUGAGAAUAUUUUUGGGGCUGUUAAUUGUUACCUACAAGACAUGAAGCGGAUGUGUGACCCAUUUCAAAAGAUUAAGGUAUCAAAGAUUCAAACUGCUCUUCAGUCAUGGGCAAAGGAUAAAAACUUCCCCUUGGAUGUGUCCACUGCAGCAAUGAAGGCACGGAACAAGAAAGUAGUGACAAAAACAUUUCAUAAUGCGGGCAUGGUUGUCCCAUGGAACAAAGAAACUGAUUUGGGUUACAGGAAACUAAUAGAAACAGAUGCAAAUCUGAAGCAAAUAUUGAGGAAUGUGUUGGGGAGCAGCUGCAAAAUGGAGCGGGAUGCUCACCUGGAGAAAUUACAGCCUGUUGUUACUGCUGUCAACAUUGCCAAUGAUGAGUGUGAUUUUGGAGCAAGUCUUGAGCUGGGUCUCGACUUAUUCUGUUUUGGAGGGGAAAUAUUCCAUCGCACAGCACUGAAUCUGCUCAAGACUGCAUACAGCCUACUUCAAAGGAAUGAAUUUGCUGUAAUAGCAGAGGCUCAUUUGAAGAACAGACGAAAAGGAACAGCUCUCAGUGUAGUGGAUCAGGAUGCUUGAAGCUGUUGCUGUGUUUGCUAAUAAAGACCCAUAAUUUAUUGGAACUACGCUGAUGACCUCUGUUUUGAAGUUAUAUAAAAAGUGAAGCUGGACUAAGUUAAAUUCUUUGCACUUGCUUUUGAUGUAAAUGUUGCAAUUAAUAUUAUGUAAUAAGAAUACUUAUGUGUCAUUUGAGUUUUGUCAAUAACAAAUUCCAUGUACCUUUUCAUGUUUACAAUAAGCAUGUCAGGGUAAUGUCCUGUUUUAAAAAGGGAAUAUUAAAGAAUUUUGAACCUU